AUGAGCUUUUCAUCGCUAAUAUCCCAAAUUAAGCAUAAAACAAAAGACUCUGAGGCUAAACCUUCAUAUUCCUAUGACCCUAAUGCUCAGAAACCAAAAGCACAAACCCCAUCCUCAACUGGUCGCAGACUAUUAUCCAAAUCCUCUUAUGAACCACAAUAUACCAAAACAGUUGAUCCAGCUGUGCAAAGAUUGAAGGAGCUUCGAAGAAUUGAAAAUGCGAAGAAGGAAGCCCAAAAUCCUAAACCAAAGACUCAACGACAAAGAACAAGUUCCUCAACAACAAGGGCAGCUCCUGUUAGACGAAGAAAAACUCCAGAAGUUUCAAUCAAGGAGACAGUCUUACAAGAAAGACCAAGAUCAUCUUCUCCACAGAAAAGACUAACAUUUGCAGAAUUAAUGAAUCAAGCUCAAGAGAAGUCGAAAACUCUGAAAGAUGGUAAAAAAGAUGAAUCUAUACAACCAGCAACUCAACCAACCAAAUAUGUGUCAAAGACCCAACCAAAAACUAUUCAACCUCGUUCUCAAAGAUCAUCAUCAGCCCCAUCAUCACAAAACACAAGUGUACGGAAACCUACCUCAAGCCUUUCAAAUUCAAGACCAAGCUCGAGACCACCUCAAGAACGCAUCCCUUCAAGACCAAAAGAAUUGGCCAAACCAUCUGCAAAAUUACAAGCUAAGCUAGAUGCUAGAAAGAAAAAUCAAAGAGCUGGCCAGCCAAGGUCCAGAUCUAGAUUUGAAGAUGAUGAAUAUGAGUCUGAUUUUAUUGAGGAUGAUGAUGAAGAGGAUCAAUAUGAAGAAGAAGCUGGCUAUGAUAGAGAUGAGAUUUGGAAAAUGUUCAAUAGGGGAAAAACUAGAGCCGACUAUUACGAUGAUGACGACGAUUUGUCUGAUAUGGAGGCUACUGGGUCUGAAGUCAUGAAUGAAGAAAUGAGAUCAGCAAAGAGAGCAAGAUUAGAAGAAAAGGCAGAAGCAGAAAGGGAGAGAAGAAGAUUAGAAGAAAAGAGAAGAAGAUUAGGAAAGAAAUAA